AUGUCAAGCUCGGAUGAACCUAGAAGCGGAGGAGCCCAUAACUACCAGGUGGGCGUCGGACGCGGAAGAGGAGAGCCGCGCAACAACACUUGGUUGAGAAAGUCCGCCAACUACGACGAGAAGGCUUUCUGCGAGUAUCACCAGACCUACGGGCAUCCAACGGCUCAAUGCCGAACUUUAGGAGCAAAGCUCGCAGCAAAGAUGGCAGCGGGAGAGCUCCAAAACGCGGUCAGCAUCAAAGACCUCGUCCCUAACGAACAACAAGAGAGAGCCGAGCCGAGCGGCGCGGCGGAACCCGCGAAUCCUCCCCGACGAGGCGAUAACCCCAAGCGUGACAGGAGAGGCGAACCUGAAGAGCGACCCGAGCCGAGGCAGAGGAUCAAUAUGAUCAUGGGUGGAUCCCAAUACUACCAAGAUACCGUAUCCUCCAUCAAAGCCUAUCAGCGCCGAGCCGAAGCGAAGGAGAAUUGGACAGAACCAACCGACAUCCCAAACACAGUGAUCUCUUUCGCCGAGGAGGAAACGGCAGGAAUCGAUCGACCUCAUAACGAUCCGUUGGUGAUUGAGUUAACGAUCAGGGAUCAUGACGUACCAAGGGUGCUCAUCGAUACUGGAAGGUCGGUGAACGUUAUCUUCAGGGAAACACUCAGAAGAAUGGGAAUCGACCUCUCCGAGGUCGAAGCAAUCCCCAAACCUCUAACCGGAUUUUCAGGAGAAACGACGAUGACUAUGGGAACGAUCAGGCUUCCUGUGGUAGCUGGCGGAGUCACUAAGAUCGUCGAAUUCUGCGUCACCGAUCACCCAGCAAUAUACAAUGUGAUCAUGGGAACUCCGUGGAUCAACGAGAUGAGGGCGGUACCCUCUACCUAUCAUCUCUGCCUCAAAUUUCCAACCCCAGCAGGUGUUAAAACGAUCUGGGGAGUCAGAAGGAGUCACGAAUGUGCUGCCUAG